UAAUUACUUGAAGUUCAAUUUUCAACGAAGAUGCAAUUAAACGUUUUAAAGUAAUAUAUUUAUUAUGUUGUCUGAGUGAAAAUUCGGCAGAUAAGUCACCAAUUUGAAAUAAGCAGCUGCUAACUGGCUGUUAUAAUUGCAGCUAACAACAACUGUUAUUUAACAUAAUCGAUUCAUUAAUGUAGCCAGAAUUCGCAAUUGGUGACAACAACAUUUUCUAUUAACCUGCUUUGCAUCCGUUAUAAUGUUCUAGGCGACAUUGUUUUUAUAUAAUCAUAUUGAAUUUGCAUAAUUUUUACAACAUAAUGUCAUUCCGAUAAGCCGAUAAUAGCCACAUGUAUUUACAGCGUAUCAUCUCUACGUUUUGUUCUCUUUACAUAAUUGUUGACAUGACAGUAAAUGUUAAAGUUUUGCAGCACUCUCAGCUGUCGCUGUUAAUGUUGGGUUAUUUUGUUUACUUUGAUUUUGUUUACCUAGUUUUCUGCGUACAAUGAAUGCACGCGCUCACAAAGCAUUUAUGCUAAACUUUUUUCUGGACGAGGGUCUGGGCCCUCAGUUGGCCGAAGCAGUGCGGUUAGUUACAGCUGAGAGUACAUUAAAUGUACUGAGUACAAGGACUGAGGAGGGGGAAGAUAACACUAUACGCUCCAUGCCACGAUAUCAGGAUGAUCAGUUCAAGGAACAAUUUCGCAUGCAGCGCAGCAGCUUUGAGAAGCUGCUCCAGGCCGUUGGCAAAGCUAUAGCCGGUGCGGAACAUCAUCAGCCAAUUGGGCGCGUCUCACUCCCUGAGAAACUAUUGUACACAUUAACACUUCUAAGUGGCAAAAAAUCAUUCCGCGAGGUGGGCGACAGUUUUGCCAUAUCCAAGAGUUCCGGCCACGAGAUUUUCAAAUGGGUCACCGCCGCUUUUGCUGCCCUAAUGCCGCGCUACGUGAAGUGGCCGGCGGACAACGCGUGCGGUGGCAGUGCCAUUAGCCAACUGCCUGGAGUUGUGGGCGUUAUCGACGAGUGUCGCAUUCCACUGAAGCUGCCUGUACGCGAGGAGGUUGGCCAUCUGCAGUACGCGUCGCUGGCCCUGCAAGCUGUGUGCGACGAACGCAGUCGCUUUCUGGAUGUGCACAUCGAUGUGUCCGACAAUCAGUGUGUGCUGCUGAAGAGUGAGCUCUUCGAGCGACUUAUUGACAUGGAGGAGCCGCUGAUGCCGCCCCACAAGCAUCUGGUGGGCGAAAUGAUGUAUCCACUGUUGCUCAAUCUGAUGACGCCCUAUGCGGACAACAAUGGGGAGUUGACACCAUGUCACAUACGCUACAAUCGGGCUGUGCAUUUGUGGAAUGCGCCCGCGGAGCGCGCCUUUGCGGCGUUGAUGUCGCGCUUUGGACGCCUCAAAUCGCUAGAUGUGGGCACAAUGGAAGUGGGCAGCAUUGUUGUCUCCGCCACCUGCAUGCUGCACAAUUUUAUAUUGGAUUGUGGUGAACCCAUUGAAGAUGCUACCUUGGACUUUGAGAUGCUGCCAGAUAAUCAGAACAGCAUCGUGUUCGAGGAGCACGGACUGGUUAAUUGGGAUCACACAUCAGCGGCGGAGAAGAAACGCGAUGGCCUUGUGGCUGGCUUUAUAAAUACUACGUAGCACAUUAGCAUGUAUUAAUUUAUGAUUAAUAUUUAAGCAAAGUAGCUUGGGUUUUUUUUUUUGAAAAAUUUAAAAUCUGGCAACUAUUAAAUUUAGCUUAUAAAUUAAACUGAAAUCUGGCAACUAUUAAA